UCCCGUUGCGUCGUCAUCCCGCCGCCGCUCCUCCUCAUGUUCGCCGGCAACCGGAGCACCUCCUCCUCCUCCGCUGCCAUCGCCAUCGUGACUGUUGCGAUCACCACUGUCGCCACUACCACCUCCGUCGCUGCCCUCUUUUUACGCCGCCGCCUCUCUCUCCUCCGUCGAUCUUCGCAGAUCCACCGCCACCGCCGCGAGAUCUAGAGGCUUCAUCGCUGAGAAGAGACUCCAUUGAUGCUCUGUCUCACUUACGCUCUCACUCUCUCUCUAUAUAUAUAUAUGUUUCACUAGCAGAUUUUUUUUUUAACAAAUUAUGCAAAACAUGACCUUACCUUACCAAUUUAUUUAACAAAUUCAAUGGGCAGCGAUGACUCCAAUGAUAAUGGUUAAAGAUCUAACAUUACCCUUGAUGGUUAUUUAUUUAACAAACAUGACCCUUCAUUUAUUUUAAAAAUCUAACAUUAUGAAAAUGGUUAUUGACCGCUUAAUAGGUGGUCAUUAAUUUCAUUAUACUUCACAAAAUGUAUACUGUUGUUGGGAGCACUAUUAUCGUUGAGAGAGAAAGCGAUCGAGCUGAGAUUUCUUCGCAAUUGUGAUUCUAAAAAUACAAAAAUUUAGUGUAUGACUAGUUCAUGUAACAACAAUUUGAUGAUUUUAGGGCAAAAAGAGGCAAAGAUUGGGCGGAGGAAUAGGGUGGCGGUGGUGGUUCUCGGCGAUUUUGGCUACAGUCCUCGAAUGCAAUACCAUGCCCUUUCUCUUGCUUGUCAGGAGAUGAUGCUGACUGUGGCAACCAAGAAGCUGAAACAGGGGCCUGCCCUCAAAAGUUUAGAAAGCUACUUUUAUUUUCUGAGCAACAAUUACUUCGGCUUGAGUUCACAUCCUACAAUUUCAAAAGAUGCUGCAAAGGCAGCCCUAGCACAUGGAAUGGGCCCAAGGGGUUCUGUUUUAAUCUGUGGGUAUACAAGUUUCCAUGGACUGGUUGAGUCAUGCUUGGCAGACUUGAAGAAGAAAGAGUUGGUUUUGGACACUCAAAUGUGGAUAUGAUUUUUUUUUGACAAGUAUGGGAGGGCAUUGUUUUUAUACCUCUAUUCGUAUAUAUAGUGGUUCGUACAAAUUACUUUUUUGGUGUGGUAAAUAUCAGCUAAUUUGGCAUGGUAGGAAUUAGCAUAGCACGUGGUACAAAAUAGUUUUGGGGCAGUACAGAUUAAAUUUUUGUUGUGAUACAUAUGUCCUUUUUGUUAAUUAAUUUGGUUAUUCCUGUAUUAUGUAUGGAAUUAAAUUAUUGACGUUGGAUUAGACUUGGUUCGUAUGGAAUUUGUAUUAUAUAUAGAAUUGGACGUUCAAUAUUAA